AAGAUUCGUUGAAUAAGUUUCCUGGCGGUUCACAUGCUGAAUGCGAUGCUGUUGCGGCUUUGGCGUCUGAGGCAUGGCAAAGAUUUCUUCUCAUCAGAGCAAAUGAAAUGAAAAGUGGUGGAUGUAUGCUGCUGAUUGUUCCUGCUGAAGAUACAGAAAGGAAGUAUGGAGAAAGCAGUGUUCAUUUACAAAACCUGUGGGUAGCUAUGACGACAGUGUGGAGAUUGUUAAGGGACAUGCAUCAAGUGACACAGUGUGAGUACGAGGCAGCAAACUACCCUGGCUACUAUAGAAGUGAGGAGGAACUAAGAGCUCCAUUCCAUGAUAAAGAUUCCCCGGUUGUGAAGGCAGGGCUGCGUAUCGAGUCUCUACUAAUGCAACAUGAACACAUACACAUCAUGCCACAGAGGCGAAAGCAAGAAACAGGGAACAAAGAAGAUUUGGACAGUUCCAUUCCUAAGUUCGUCUCUGCAAUACGCUCCUGGACGGAAUACAUGUUCACUCAGGCUCUCUCCAGUAGAUCGUCCGAGUCCAGGCGGGACGUGGUCAACUCAUUCUAUGGCCUACUGGUUGAACACAUCAAGCAACAGGACAUCUACACUUCUGAGUGGGAUAAUAUCAUAGCAUAUAUCGUCAUCACGAAGAAGUAGAAGAGAAGACGUUUAACAAAGUAGUCUUCCUCAUAGAACGCACAUCUUACAGAGCUGAACAUAUGAAACGACAGAGUCUUUGUUAACUGUGUCAGAAGUCACCUAAAUACACUGCACAAUAUCUUUGAUACUGGAACAUAUUGUUACAAAAUUCCACGAAGGGAGACAGAACAUUCACUUUAGCCCCUUAUGUAACCUGCA